AUGUUUUUCGUUAACAUUGCCGUUGUAUUUUUAUUGGUUGGCGUAUCUUCCGCGCAAACUGAGCAACCGAUUAAGUGCCUUAAUAUCACUGGGGCCGAUUAUGAUUUUUAUCAAGGUGCUGGGUUAUGGUACAUAUACGCGAGUACCUACGAUCCGUUUGAAGAUGCUCUAAGGUGUUUAACCCACAACUGGUUUUACCCUGAUGGUGAUAACGUUGCAAGAGUAAUUGUUUCCGGUAUUUUUAAAAAAACCGGCCUCUUGUCUCAAAUUGAAGCUGUGUAUACUAUGUACAAACCCGAUAAUCGGUUACAUAGUAAAAGCUGGGAUCCACUUCAUGGAGUACUAAGUCAUGAUCUCUGGGAUUUGGAAGAUGUGUAUGACGAUUAUAUUGUAACCAGUUCUUGUGUGAGACAAGGCUCGAGCAUUGUGCCAACUUUCACCAUACUGACUCGCGAACCGUACCCAACAACGGAUGUAAUUGGAAGAGCUCGAGAAAUAAUCACUGGAGGGUUGGGUCUUGCAGAACCCAAUUUUUUUAUAUAUGAUACAAAUUGCGCGUAA